AUGGUGGCAAAAGUUUUGACAGCAAGGUUGAAGAAAGUGACCGGUCACUUAAUUAGUGAUCAUCAGUGCACAUAUUGGAGAAGAUGGGGUUCGGAAAAUAAGUGGAGAAUGUGGGCGUUGGAAAAUGUAUCAGUUUUGGUUAACGCUUUUCAUGUGAUGAUGAAAGAGGCCGAAGAUAAUGUUAUCCCUGGAUCGUCGAUUUCUCACCUCCAAGUUGUGGAUGACACAAUUAUUUUCCUUGAAGCUAAGUUGGAUUAUAAUCAUAAUUUGAAGAUUCUCCUUAGUUGUUUAGAGCUCUUUUUAGGACUUGGGAUUAAUUAUAGCAAGUCUGUUUUAAUUGGGAUUGGAAUCAGGGAUAAUGUUUCUAACAGCCUUGCUGAUGCUUUUGGGUGUUGCCUUGGCUUGUUCCCCCUUAAAUAUCUUGGUAUUCCUCUUGGAAUCAGCCCGAGAAAACGGGUAGUUUGGAUCAAGGCUGCAGACGAUAAAUUACUUGUUAUGGAGUCAGCUUGA